AUGGAGGUUGAUAUAAGUUUGAGCCCGAGAGUAAAUUCAGUUAAACCUUCAAAGACGGUGGCUAUUACUGACCAGGCAACUGCACUUGCGCAAGCUGGUGUGCCCGUUAUUCGUUUAGCUGCUGGCGAGCCUGAUUUUGACACUCCAGCUGUAAUUGCCGAGGCUGGAAUUAGAGCAAUUCGUGAAGGAUACACAAGGUAUACCCCUAAUGCUGGCACCAUGGAACUCCGGACAGCUAUUUGUCACAAGCUAAAAGAGGAGAAUGGGAUAUCAUAUACGCCUGAUCAAAUUUUGGUGAGUAAUGGGGCUAAACAAAGUAUUCUUCAGGCAGUUCUUGCAGUUUGCUCCCCUGGGGAUGAGGUUCUAAUUCCAGCCCCGUUUUGGGUGAGCUACCCCGAAAUGGCCAGACUAGCCGAUGCAACCCCUGUGAUCAUUCCUACACACAUAUCCGAAAAUUUUCUUGUAGACCCGAAGCUUCUCGAGUCUAAACUGACAGAAAAAACCAGAUUAUUGAUUCUUUGUUCACCAUCCAACCCAACAGGAUCAGUUUACCCACGAAAAUUGCUUGAACAGAUUUCUGAAAUUGUGGCGAGGCACCCCAGGCUUUUGGUUUUGUCUGAUGAGAUAUAUGAACAUAUCAUUUAUUCCCCAGCAACCCACACGAGCUUUGCAUCUUUGCCUGGAAUGUGGGACCGCACUUUGACCGUCAAUGGCUUUUCAAAGGCUUUUGCCAUGACUGGUUGGAGGCUUGGGUAUAUUGCGGGACCAAAACACUUUGUUUCUGCCUGCGGAAAGAUCCAAAGUCAGUCCACCUCUGGUGCCAGCAGUAUAUCACAGAAAGCAGCUGUUGCUGCCUUAGGGUUGGGCUAUGCAGGUGGUGAGGCAGUCUCGACUAUGGUCAAAGCAUUUUGUGAGAGGAGAGAUUUUCUCGUCAAAAGCUUUCGAGAAAUAGAGGGUGUGAAAAUUUCAGAGCCUCAGGGCGCUUUCUACCUAUUUCUUGAUUUUAGCUCUUACUAUGGCUCAAUGGGUGAUGACUUUGGGGUGAUCAGCGGCUCUGAGUCCUUGUGCCGAUAUUUGCUCGACAAAGCACAAGUUGCUCUCGUCCCGGGUGAUGCAUUUGGAGAUGAUAGCUGCAUUCGAAUCUCCUAUGCGGAGUCUCUCGACACUCUGCGAGCUGCGUUUGAGAGAGUUAAAGGAGCACUCAUUUCUCUAAAACCUAAUAUUACUGUUUAA